UGGCAGCCCUAGCUUGACGUCAUGUCUUAGGGCUCGGCAUCUCAGAGCUAUUCACGCUGCUUCCGGGGUCUAUGAUGAAAUAUGGUGUACCUCGUGAGACAGUGCCACCGGGUAGAUCGCUCGUAAUAGGAUGUGACGCACGUACAGCGGCUGCACAAGGCUAUAGACGACCACGUCUUCGCUGAAACGGGUGCGUCAGGCAGUCUAGCCUCACUAUAUAAGUAGCAAUCCAAGUCUUGCCGUCUCCCCAUCUACGAAACCGCUCCCCAUCAGCCAACUCUACCCUCGCAAACUCCCCGCCCUUCUCCAGAUACCAACUCCAUUUCCCGUGAAACGUACGAAACUGCACAUUCCCGUAGAAAUGUCUACACCAAGCACCGGCGGCAAGGCGGCCGACCCUUACACGGCCGCAAACAAGGAUCCCCAUGUUUCGAUCGACCAAAAGAUCGAGGCCCUCGACAAGUUCGCCGCCUCUCGCAAGUACGGCAUGAUGACUACCCGGGACUCGAGCACGGGCAGACUUGUGUCUCGUUGCAUGGCAUUGGUCGCUAGUGAGCACGGGGGUAUCGACCAACCCUUCUUCACUAAUACCGAGUCACACAAAACUCAAGAGUUAGAAGCCGACCCCCACGUCAACCUGUCGUUCCUAGACAGCUCUGGCCAGUGGGCCUCCGUGUCGGGGAUCGCCUUAGUUGAGACAGAACCCGGCUUGAUCAAGAAAUACUACAACCCCACCCUGAAAGCCUGGCUCGGCGACUUGGGCGACGGAGUUCAUGAUGGGUCAGAGCGAGACCCACGCAUUGGAAUCAUACGGGUCAAGAUUUCGACGGCAACCUACGCGGUUAGCGACAGGACUCUCAUCGGCUUCGCAGCAGAGGUGGCGAAGGGGACUGUGACCGGUCAGCCAGCCAGCGUCAACAAGAUUCGCGAGGUCAGCGAGAGCGAGUCCCAGUCCUGGAGAGCCUCCCACUGACGGAGCCGUGGGUGGUGAUGGGUAUACAUACACCUUGGGAGCCUGUAGUUGUAGCU